AUGGUUUCUGAUCUAAUCAAGACUAUAUCAUCCUACAUUGAAAAGAUUUGCAAAGGAAUGUUUACAAAGAAAUUGGCAAACCCAAUAAAGAAGAAAGAGAGAAGCGAAAAUAAAGAGCCCAAAUUAACCACCGAUUUGCAAGCACACAAUCUAACCAUUUCUACCACACUGAAGACUACAGUUAAAAAGAUUUACAAAUGCUCUUCGGCACGUAACAUAUCACUUGAAGAAGACGACGGAAAGAACGACUGCUCAUCUCUUUCACCCACUUUCAGUUAUCGAGUGGCUAUAGCAAAUGGACUUCCAAAACACUCUCUUUUUUUGAAUAAUAAUGAAAGUAUCUUUCCUGAGGUUCUUUCAAUUAAUAGUAGCUACUCUGACUCCUUGAGUGAGACAAAACCUGUCCGGAGACUGGAUGAGCAUAAAUCCCACACUAUGCCAGUAAGACGAAACAGGAAGAGCCUCAUCAGUUUGGCUCCCUCUGAUGGCAGUUCUGAGGGAGAACGAGUGGAACGCUCCAGUCUGCACACACUGCGGCUGGGUGCUCUACGCAAAUUAAGAAAAUGGAAGAAGAGUCAGGAAUGUGUCUCCUCAGACUCUGAGGUGAGCAACUGGAGGAAAACACUGGGCAUUCGGAGCAAGUCCUUGGAUCGUGCUGGCCGGCAGCAAAAGAGCUCAACUCUAGAACCUGGCUCCUCCUCCACAGGGUGCAUCAGUCAAACACAGGAUGUUAUGGAGAUGAUCUUCAAGGAGCUUCAGGGGAUCAGCCAGAUAGAGACAGAACUGUCUGAGCUGCGUGGCCAUGUAAACGCCCUAAAGAGCUCCAUUGAUGAGAUCUCCAGUAGCGUGGAGGUAGUUCAGAGUGAGAUUGAGCAGCUUCGCUCUGGAUUUGUCCAAUCUAGAAGAGAAACACGUGAUAUCCAUGACUAUAUAAAACAAAUUAGCCAUCAGGCCAAUAAUUCAACCUUGCGAUUCAUCAAUGUUCCUGAAGAAAAGUCAGAGAAAACAGAAAGUCUUAUAUAUAAAAUACUAAAGGACAAAAUGGGUUUCAUUGAUGCCCAGAAAAAUAUUAAAAUUGAGCUUGCUCAUAGGUUAGGGCAACAAAGAGAAUGUUCUAAUGCAAAACCCCGCCCAAUUAUUGUUAUUUUUGCAACGACACAAGAUAGGGAUUUAGUCUUGAAGAAAUGUUAUAAACUUAAAGGAACUGGUAUUACAGUCUCUACUGAUAGCUUAACUCAUGAUGGAAAGGACAGAAAAGACAAAACAAUGUCUUCUUCACAAACCUAUGAAAGCAUGGAUAUAAAGGUCUCAGGAAAGGAUAAAGUAGUGGAGAGUGAUGACUGGGACUCAAUGGACAGUGAUAAAGAAUUGGAUGAAUUAAGCAGAAAUAAAUAUGCAAUGGUGAUUUCAAAGCCUGUUCAUAAGAGCAAAUCAGAAAAGAGGCGAUCCCAUGACCGGUCAGGAGAAGAGGCAGGCUACUCAGGCGCAGUUCACUAUGCUGAUGACUCUUACUAUGACCCAGAUAAGCAUGCAAAGGCUUACUACUCUGAUUUGACCCCUGGUUGGCUUUCCCAGAGUGACUAUUCCACCCCCAAACUCAGCCGCUCUGAGUCUGACUGCUCAAAACUUUGCCAGUCAUAUUCAGAAGACUUCUCAGAGAGUCAAUACUUUACACGGGCUAAUGGCUGCUCCCUGCUGUCCUCCUCAGAUCAGGAACUGUGGCAGAGAAAACAAGAGGACAUGGCUUCCUCCUGGUAUGCUAGUCCUAGUCACCCACUCGGCCAUGAGAAUCAACCUUAUGAACACAAUGAGGUUGAGACAACAGAAACAAUUGACAGCGGGGUGAGCAAUGGACUUGUCUGUAUGUCUGGGGACAGAAGCCACUACAGUGGCUCCCAGCUCUCUCUGCAAGGUGACCUAUCACCCUGGAAAGACUGGCAUCAUCUGGAGCAAGGUGCUGACUCUGGGUUGGAAGUCUCCAUAGAGGUUAGCAGUCCUUUUGACCCAUCAACUAUUCCUGGUUUUCCAGAGAACAUCACUAAAUGCCAAGAGGUUGAUUUACAAUUUGAAGGGGAUGAAGAGUUCAUGAUGCUUGAUAGAGAACCUUCCCUACCACCUAUAACCACACAUAUCAUUCCUCCCAUCACAGAACGGGAGCCUGUCAUCAAGACAUCUGUUCGGCAGUCUAAAGAGGUAUCUAAGGUGAUCCCAAAAGAAAGUGCGAAAGUAUCCCCUAAAGAAAGUGUGAAAGUAUCCUCUAAAGAUGCCACUAAAGCUACUGCUAAAGUGACACAUAAACAAACUAAAUCAGUUCCAAAAGAGGAAACUACCAAAAUAUUGGCAAAGGAAAGUCCUAAGGUGUCUACUAAGGUUUCACCUAAAGUGACAUCUAAAGCAGCUCCUAAAGAGUCACCUAAAGAGCUUCAGAAAUCAGCAGCUAAAGAAUCCUCUCAAGCCGUCCCGAAAGACAGUCAAAAAAUAACUCCUAAAGAAGCCACAAAACCCAUCAUCAAAGAAGUAUCUAAAGUGACAUCUAAGGUAAUUCCUGGUGAGGUUGUUAAAGUCACUCCUAAAGCAACCCCAAAAGAAAACCAGAUAAUGACUCCUAAAGAAAGCCCUAAAGAGUCACCAAAAGAGAGCCCUAAAUUAACUCCAAUUGAGAGCCCUAUCUCAACCCCUAAAGAGUCCCCGAAAGAAUCUCCUAAAGAGUCCCCUAAAGUCCCUGCUAAAGAACCCCCACAAGUUGCAUCUAAAGAAGGUCUUAAAGUUGCUGCUAAAGAGGUUACCAAAGAACCUGUAAAACUACCCCCAAAAGAGGUUCCAAAAGAGAUGGAUAAAGUGGCACCUAAAGAGACUAGUAAAGUAACAGCUAAAGACGUUUCUAAGACUCCACCUAAAGAAGCCCAGAAAGUAGCCCCUAAAGAGAGUCCUAAAUUGCCCCCCAAAGAGACUCCAAAAGCAAGCCCGGCAGAGACCUCUAAAGUGGUCUCUAAAGAGGCCCUGAAGGAAGGCUCCAAAACCCUUCCUAAAGAAAAAUUCCCAGAGUUGGAUGUCAAUCAUAGUUUUCAUCAGACCCAGAGUAAGUCUUCAUCUAUGUACCGUAGUCAAAGUGAGAUUCGAACAGAGAAAGUUGAGGAGGUGCCAAAGUCUUGGAGCAGCAGGCUCAGCAUAGAUCUUAGUGAGAAGUCCUUUGGUUUUGGCUUUGGUUCUACACUGCAAAGGGCUAAGUCAGCUCUGGAGGUUGUUUGGAAGUCUGGUGCUCCGAAUACUCCUGCUCCUCCUGAGGAACCUGCUAACUCCUCUUCCUCAUUCAUGGGGCGUUUCCGCACAAUGUCCACCUCAACUGCAAAUAACUCCAGUACUACCAUAGACUCAGAUGUCUACACAGAACCAGUCUUCUGCAAGGCAGAGGAGGAGAAAACAGGUGCAGAGGCAGAGGCUGGAGAACAAUCAGUGGACAAUGAGACUCACUAUGUUGAAGUGAUGGAGCAGGUACUGGCUAAUUUGGAGAACAAGAGUAAUGCUAAUGAUACAGAGGAGACAGAGGAGCCUGUGCAUGAGUAUGAGGCUACUCAGGACUAUGAUAUUUCUGAUGAUAUUGAUGCUUCUCAAGACAAUGAUGUCUCUCAGGAUUUUGAGGCCUCUCAAGAUUUUGAUGCCACAGAAGACUAUGAGGAAAGUAAAGAGGCAUGUGUUCUGGAGUAUGAUUGCAGUUUGGAUCAACAGUAUGAUGAAGAGUACAGCGAGGACUAUGAAACCCAUUUGACUGAGGACACUGCUGAAUAUGACGCAAUGGUGGAGUAUGUGGAUGUAGAAGAACCAGAUGAGACUGAAGACAAUGAUGUGACAGAGGAGAUGGAGGAGGGUGAUGAGGAGUUGGAGGAGAUAGAGGAGAUAAUAGAGGAGGCUGCUGAGGUGUCUGAAAAAGAGGUUCAACAGCAAGAGGAUGAAAACAAAAAUGUUCCUGAGGAGAAGCCCACAGAAGCCCCCCCCAAGAAGCGUGUGCGACCCACAUUCAAAGAGGCAGCAUUGAGGGCCUACAGGAAACAGAUGGCUGAGCUGGAGCAGCAGAUCCUGGCAGGAGAAAAUGAUUUGUGUUUCAAAGUGGACAUUUUGCCUCGCAGUAUUUUGGACCCCAAACUGCUUGGCUUGCAGUCUGGAGGGGCUGGCAGUAUUCUUUAUGGUAUUGACAGCAUGCCAGAUUUACGCCGCAAGAGGACAGUGCCUCUUGUCCGAGACCUGGCUUUGACCCUCACUGCUCGAAAGGCAGGCAUCUCGUUCGCUCUGGUGAACCGGUCCACUCUGAAUAAUGAAGAUCUGAAACUACACGUCUUCAAGAAGACUCUCCAGGCCUUGAUCUACCCGAUUUCAUCCACAACACCCCAUAACUUUGAGGUGUGGACCGCUACUGCGCCCACCUACUGCCAUGAGUGUGAGGGGCUGCUGUGGGGCAUCGCCCGCCAAGGCAUGCGCUGCUCGGAGUGUGGUGUUAAAUGCCACGAGAAGUGCCAGGACCUGCUCAAUGCAGAUUGUUUACAAAGGGCAGUGGAGAAGAGCUCCAAGCACGGAGCAGAGGACAAGACCCAGAAUAUCAUCAUGGCUAUGAAGGAGCGUAUGAAGAUAAGGGAGAAGAACAGCCCUGAGGUGUUUGAGUUGAUCCAGGAUAUGUUCCAAAUCUCCAAAGAGGACUUUGCUAGCCAUCUGAAGACAGCCAAGCAGGCUGUACUGGAUGGGACCUCCAAGUGGUCUGCCAAGAUCAGCAUCACAGUGAUGAGUGCACAAGGGCUACAGGCCAAGGAUAAAACUGGCUCCAGCGAUCCAUAUGUCACCGUCCAGGUGGGCAAGACCAAACGCAGAACAAAGACCAUCUUCGGCAACCUCAACCCGGUCUGGGAUGAGAAGUUCAACUUCGAAUGUCACAACGCCACUGACCGCAUAAAGGUGCGUGUGUGGGAUGAGGAUGACGACAUCAAAUCACGAGUGAAGCAACAUUUCAAGCGUGAGUCAGAUGAUUUCCUGGGACAGACCAUCAUCGAGGUUCGCACUCUCAGUGGAGAGAUGGAUGUUUGGUACAAUCUGGAUAAGAGGACUGACAAGUCUGCCGUAUCUGGUGCCAUCAGACUCAAGAUCAGCGUGGAGAUGAAAGGGGAGGAAAAUGUGGUUCCACCCCACGGCCAGUAUACCUGUUUACAUGAGAACCUGUUUCACCACUUGACCGAGGUGAAGAGCAACGGGGUAGUGAAGAUCCCACAGGUGAAAGGGGACGAGGCGUGGAAGGUCUACUAUGACGACGUGUCUCAGGAGAUAGUGGAUGAGUUCGCCAUGAGAUACGGAGUGGAGUCCAUCUAUCAGGCUAUGACGCAUUUCUCCUGUCUGUCCGCCAAAUACAUGUGUCCCGGUGUGCCAGCAGUGAUGAGCAACCUGCUUGCUAAUAUCAAUGCUUACUUCGCCCACACCACCACCACCACCACAACCACUGCCUCCGCUUCUGACCGCUUUGCUGCCUCUAACUUUGGAAGGGAAAAAUUUGUCAAAUUACUGGACCAGCUGCAUAACUCCCUGAGGAUCGACCUCUCCAAAUAUCGGGAUAAUUUCCCUGCAGGAAACCCAGAGCGUCUCCAAGACCUGAAGUCCACUGUCGAUCUGCUGACCAGCAUCACUUUCUUCAGGAUGAAGGUACAAGAGCUCCAGAGUCCACCUAGAGCCAGUCAGGUGGUGAAGGACUGCGUGAAAGCGUGUCUGGACUCCACAUACAAAUACAUUUUUGAUAACUGUCAUGAACUCUACAAUCAACUCCUCGACCAGAGCCGGAAGCAGGACCUUCCUCGCGAGGAGCAGGGUCCAUCGAUAAAGAACCUGGAUUUCUGGCCAAAACUCAUCACUCUCAUGGUUUCUGUAAUCGAUGAGGACCGAACGGCUUACACUCCAGUCAUUAAUCAGUUUCCACAGGAGCUGAAUGUGGGCAAGAUCAGUGCGGAGAUCACAUGGGUCCUCUUUGCCCUGGAUAUGAAGUAUGCAAUGGAAGAGCAUGACAAGCACCGCCUAUGCAAAAGUACCGAAUACAUGAAUCUUCACUUCAAAGUCAAAUGGUUCCAUAACGAGUACGUCCGUGACCUGCCGGCCUUCAAAGGUGUUUCGCCCGAGUAUUCUCUGUGGUUCGAGCCAUUUGUCAUUCAGUGGCUCGAUGAGAAUGAGGAUGUUGCCAUGGAUUUCCUCAAUGGAGCGCUGGAAAGGGACAAGAAAGAUGGAUUCCAGCAGACCUCAGAGCACGCCCUAUUUUCCUGUUCAGUGGUGGAUGUGUUCACUCAACUAAACCAGAGUUUUGAGAUUAUCAAAAAGCUGGAGUGUCCAAACCCACAGGCUCUGGCUCACUUCAUGUGCCGCUUUGCGAAGACUAUCAACAAGGUUCUUCUGCAAUAUGCUGCAAUCAUAUCCAAGGACUUUCCUUUGUAUCUGAGUAAGGAGAAUGUGCCCUGCAUCAUUCUGAACAACAUCCAACAGCUCCGUGUCCAACUGGAGAAGAUGUUUGAGUCUAUGGGUGGCAAACAGCUGGAUGCAGAGGCCAGUGAUCUGCUCAAGGAGCUGCAGAAUAAACUCAACACGGUGCUUGAUGAGCUCAGCGGAGUGUUCGGCUCCAGUUUCAAACCUGUGAUCGAGGACUGUGUGAAGCAGAUGAACCAGGAGUUGGUCCAGAUGAAAGGUUCAGCUAAAGGGAGCAACGCUGCCAUGGAUGCAGAAACUGUUCUCCGGCCUCUUAUGGAUCUUCUGGAUAAAAAUUUGAUGUUAUUUGCCAAGAUUUGUGAGAAGACUGUGCUGAAACGAGUCCUGAAAGAGCUAUGGAAGAUUGUUCUGAACACCAUUGAGAGAACCAUUGUUCUGCCUCCUCUGAGUGACCAGAGUCAAGGGGCUCAGAUGAUCUUCAAUGCAGCAAAGGACUUGGGACAGCUGUCCAAACUGAAGGAACACGUCACUCGAGAGGAAGCCAGAAGUCUGACUCCACGACAGUGUGCAGCCAUGGACCUUGUGCUUCCCACCAUCAAGCAAUACUUCCAUGCCGGAGGCAAUGGGCUGAAGAAAACUUUUCUCGAAAAAAGCCCCGAUAUGAAGUCCCUCAAAUAUGCUCUCAGCCUUUACACUCAACCUACAGAUGCCUUGAUCAAGAAAUAUAUAUGCACCCAAACCUCUCAAGGUCAGUCAUCCAACGGAUCAGUGGGGGAGGUGUCGAUGCAAGUGAAUCUCAUCUCUCACCCUGGCACUGGAGAGCACAAAGUCAGCGUGAAGGUGGUCGCAGUGAACAACCUCAUCUGGCAGACCAAUGCCAUGUUCCGGCCGUUUGUAGAGGUCAACGCCGUGGGACCCCACCUGGCUGACAAGAAGCGCAAAUUCAGCACCAAGACCAAGAAUAACAAUUGGUCACCAAAGUACAAUGAAACAUUCCAAUAUGUUCUGAGUAAUGAACAUGGUCCGGAGGCCUACGAGCUGCAUGUCUCAGUGAAGGACUACUGCUUUGCCCGUGAGGACCGCAUCAUUGGCAUGACGGUCAUCCAACUCCGAGAACUGGCGGACAAGGGGAGUUGCUCCGCCUGCUACCCCCUGGUGAAGAGCAUCUGCAUGGACGAAACGGGCCUCACCAUCAUGAGGAUACUCUCUCAAAGGACCAACGACGAGGUAGCCAAGGAGUUUGUGCGUCUCAAGACAGACACACGCUCGACGGAGGAAGUAUCAUAA